AUGGCAGCUACAACAACAGCUCUCAAUGUUUUGGAAGAAUUGAAUGAGAAAGUUGAUAGAAUAUCAGUUUUGAUUCUGAUGACCUUUAUUCUCCUUCUCUGUGUCUUCUGCUUUGUUGCCGUCGUCGUCCUAUACUUUCUCAAAAAGACACUACUGAAAGAGAAAAACACAAAAAUGGAGAAUUUCUCAACGGAAUUAGGCAGAUGUCCUCAAACAAGUUCUAAAGCUGCCAACUUAUACCGACCCUUUGUCAAUUCCAAGUCUAAAACGUCUUCUUCUGUAGAAUCUUACUCGAAAUCUCAUAAGACAAGUAAUCCUCUGUGUGAAAUGCCAGAUCCUAAAACCUUAGCCAAAGCUCCACUCGCUACAAGGCUCAGCGCUACUCAACUGUCUGAUAUAACUCUUCGCACAGCCGUAGAUGAACCACAUGUAGAUAAUACAAAUGAACAUGUAAGCUGGCCAGUCACCAGGAAUCAAAACUAUGAUGAAGACAGUGGAUGUAGCAGUGGGCUCAACUUGAUCUGA